AUGCCUCCGCCGACCUACGAACCAUUCGCUCCCGCCCCAUCCGCCCAGUCGUCGUCGUCCACCCCGAAACGGAGACCACGCGUCGACUCCGACAUCGACUCGACGACCUCCCGCCCCGUCCUCGACCCCCAUCCGAAACGUCCCCGCUCCGAACACUACAGCCCAUCUUCCCUCUCCGCCGCCUCCGCCGUCACGAUGUCCGCUAAGGUCCAAGGCAAGCGCCCCGAGGUCAUCGACCUAACAGGGAACAGCGCGGCCGGCCUGGUCGGCUCGGCAUCAUCCCAGCCGCGCGUGGGUCUCCAGCCACAACUUGGCUCUCGCAAGCUAGUCGUCAAAAACCUCCGUCCCGCAUCCCAGACGUCAGCGGGGACGGGCGCCGGUGCGGGUUCGCCCUCCGCUUUGCCGAAGGGCGCUGGGGGGCCCGCCGGGACAAGCGCUUCCCCUGUCGAGACGUACUACACCCGCGUGCAUGCUGAGCUGGAUGCGGGUCUUGCAUCUAUCUUUGCUGGGCGCACCACGAACCAGCCUAUGGAACGGUUGUACCGCGGCGUUGAGGACAUUUGCCGCAAGGGUGAUGCUGCUGAGCUGACGGCGCGUCUGCGUUCACAAUGUGAAGCGUGGUUGACCGGCCCAGAGAUGCUUGGUGGGCUGGGUGGGUUGGGGGAAGCGGCCAUUCCUACCAUAAGUUCUAGCCCUGCUGGGGGGGAAGGCGACGGGGAUGGGUACGCGGUGGGGGAUCACUUGUUGAGACAGGUGGUGGCACGAUGGAGACGGUGGAACGACGUUAUUUUCGUGCUCCGCGGCGUGUUCAGCUACCUAGACCGUGGAUAUCUGCUUAUGCAGUUGGUCGAUGGCGGCAGAGGGAGACAGGGGAUCAACGAGAUCGCCAUCAUGAUAUUUCGGAGAGUCCUUUUCGGGCCAGGCAAAGCAACGAGCAUCCCGGCACUCGGGAAAACGGUGCUGCAAGCGGUAUGUCGGUUGGUGGAUUACGCCCGGCAUAAGGAUGAGCGCGCGGACGGGGUAUUGUUGCGGGAUGCCAUGUCCAUGAUGAGACUGUCUGGUGUCUACAGCAAGGCCUUCGAGCCCAUGUUCUUGGUCCAAUCGCACCGGUACUACGAGCAGUUCGCCAGCGAGAUGAGCAACGCGUCCGGGCUCAAGGAAUACAUUGUUGCCGUCACCUCGCUGCUAGAACGAGAGACCGCUAGAUGCGACGGUUUCAACUUUGAGAGCACCACCAAGCGGCAACUCCUGGGCGACGCCAACCACGUUCUGAUCGAAUCGUACUCGGAGAAGCUUCUGGAUAGCGGUAGUGUCGCCAGACUGCUCGAGGCCCACGAUGUCGAAUCGAUGAAAGCUCUCUACGAGCUGUUGAAGCUCACCAACCUCCAAAAACGGCUUAAGGGCCCGUGGGAGUCCUACAUUCGGGAGACUGGCUCGAAAAUUGUGAGCGAUACGGAGCGGGGAGACGACAUGGUGGUCCGGUUGUUGGAACUGCGCCGCGCUUUAGACGUAAUGAUCCGGGACGCUUUCGACAAAGACGACGUCUUUUACUACAGCCUGAGGGAGUCGUUUGGCCACUUCAUCAACAAGCGACAGAACACCUCGGCUUGGAACACGGGGACCUCCAAGGUUGGCGAGAUGAUUGCCAAGUACAUCGAUCUUUUGUUACGCGGCGGGCUCAAGACGCUCCCCAAGUCGCUGCUCUCCGACAGCAAAGACAAAGCGGACGCCGAGAUGAGCGGCGUGGCAAGCACCGGAGACGAGGAUGCCGAACUCGAUCGCCAGCUCGACCACGGCCUCGAGCUCUUCCGCUUUAUCGAAGGCAAGGAUGUCUUCGAAGCCUUCUACAAGAGGGACCUCGCGCGGCGCCUGCUUAUGGGACGUAGCGCAAGCCAAGACGCAGAACGCAGCAUGCUAGCCAAGCUCAAGGUCGAGUGCGGUUCUAGUUUCACCCACAACCUAGAGCAGAUGUUCAAGGACCAAGAGCUAGCCAGGGAGGAGAUGGCGUCUUACAAGGAAUGGAUGAACGAUACCGGGCGCACGGCCGACGGCGUGGACCUCACCGUCAACAUCCUCUCCGCCGCAGCGUGGCCGACCUUCCCCGACGUCAAGGUCCUCCUGCCCAAGGAGGUCCUCACGCAAAUCAACGUGUUCGAUGCGUACUACAAGAACAAGCACACCGGCCGGCGGCUGACCUGGAAACACAACAUGGCGCACUGCGCUCUUCGCGCCCAGUUCAACCGCGGCGUCAAAGAGCUUCUGGUCAGCGCACCACAGGCAGCUGUCCUAAUGCUCUUCAACGACGUGGAAGAGAAGCCCACCGAAGCGGGCUCGUCUUCCUCCUCCUCCAGUAAAACAGCAGGCAUCCUCUCCUACGACCAAAUCUCCCAAUCCACCGGCCUCACAGGCGGCGAGCUCGACCGCACCCUCCAAUCCCUCGCCUGCGGCCGCGCCCGCGUCCUCUCCAAACACCCCAAGGGCCGGGACGUCGCGCCCACCGACACCUUCAGCGUCAACAAGGCGUUUACCGACCCCAAAUUCCGCGUCAAGAUCAACCAGAUACAGAUGCGCGAGACGCGCGAGGAGAACCGCGAGACGCACGAGCGCGUGGCGGCGGACCGGCAGUUUGAGACGCAGGCGGCUAUUGUGCGGGUUAUGAAGAGCCGGAAGACGAUGACGCAUGUGCAGUUGGUGGAUGAGGUGAUUAAUCAGACCAAGAGUCGGGGGGCGGUGGAUGUGGGGGAUAUUAAGGCGAAUAUUGAGAAGCUUAUUGAGAAAGAUUACAUCGAACGCGAGGGCGGCUCGUAUGUAUACCUAGCUUGA